GUUUUGGAAUUUCGGGGUUUCGGGAUUUCGGGGUUUCGUGUUUUCGAAAUUUCGGGGUUUCGGUGUUUCGGGAUUUCAGGUUUUCGGGAUUUCAGGGUUUCGGGUUUUCGGGGCCCCUCCCGGCGGGGCGGGGCGUGCGCGGCCGCACGUCCGGAGCGGGGCGGGACGAGCCCGGGCCGGCCCCGCGCGGCACCGGCAGAGCGCGGCGGGGCUCGGGGGGUGCGGGGCCGUGCGGGGCCGUGCGGGGCCGUGCGGUCCGGGAGCUCGGCUCGGUUCGGCUCGGAUCGCUCCGGUUCGGCGCUGCAUCAGCUCGGCUCGACGUGAUUCGGAGCGGAUCGGGUCGGAUCGGAUCAAAGCGGAUCGGGUCGAAUCGGAUCGGAUCAAAGCGGAUCGGGUCGGACUAGAGCUCAGCACAGCUCGGCACAGCUUCGCACAGCCCGGCUCGGCACAGCUCGGAACAGCUCGGCACAACCCGGCACAACCCGGCACAACCCGGCACAGCCCUGUACAGCUCGGCACAGCCCUGUACAGCUCGGCUCAGCUCGGAAGAGCCCCGCACAGCUCCUUACAGCCCCGUACAGCUCCGCACAGCCCGCACAGCCCGCACAGCCCGCGCAGCGCCGUUCGCCGCCGGGAUGGCGGUGCCGGAGCCGGACGCGCGGCUGGCGCAGGAGAAGGAGGAGGAGAGCGAGGAGGAGAGCGAGGUGCUGGAGGAGAGUCCGUGCGGCCGCUGGCAGAAGCGCCGCGAGCAGGUGAACCAGGGGAACAUGCCCGGCAUCCAGAGCACCUUCCUGGCCAUGGACACCGAGGAGGGUGUGGAGGUGGUGUGGAACGAGCUGCUCUUCACCGACAAGAAGGCGUUCAAAGCCCACGAGGAGAAGAUCAAGACCAUGUUUGAGCAGCUGGUGCUGGUGGAUCACCCCAACAUUGUGAAGCUCCACAAGUACUGGCUGGACGUGAAGGACUCCAAGGCACGGGUGAUCUUCAUCACCGAGUACGUCUCCUCGGGGAGCCUCAAGCAGUUCCUGAAGAAAACCAAAAAGAACCACAAGGCCAUGAACGCCCGGGCCUGGAAGCGCUGGUGCACCCAGAUCCUCUCGGCUCUCAGUUUCCUGCACUCCUGCGAGCCCCCCAUCAUCCACGGCAACCUGACCAGCGAUACCAUCUUCAUCCAGCACAACGGGCUCAUCAAGAUCGGCUCCGUUUGGCACCGGGUGUUUGCCAACGCGCUGCCGGACGAUCUGCGCAGUCCGAUCCGCAUCGAGCGCGAGGAGCUGCGGAACCUGCACUUCUUCCCGCCGGAGUACGGACAGAGGGCUGACGGGACGGCCGUGGACAUUUUCUCCUUCGGGAUGUGUGCGCUGGAGAUGGCCGUGCUGGAGAUCCAGACCAACGGGGACACGCGGGUGUCGGAGGAGGCGAUCGCGAGGGCGCGGCACUCGCUGGAUGAUCCCAACAUGAGGGAGUUCAUCCUGUCCUGCCUGACGCUGAACCCCGACCGGCGCCCCACGGCCAACAGCCUCCUGUUCCACCGCGUGCUGUUCGAGGUGCACUCGCUGAAACUGCUGGCAGCUCACUGCUUCAUCAACCACCAGUAUCUGAUGCCCGAGAACGUGGUGGAGGAGAAGAUCAAGCAGCUGGACCUGAACAUGGUGAUGGCCGAGAUCCGCAGGGAGGGGCGGCCAGGGGCGCAGUGGAGGUACUCCGAGGUUUCCUUCCUGGAGCUCGACAAGUUCCUGGAGGACGUCAGGAAUGGGAUUUACCCCCUGAUGAACUUCGCUGUCUCCCGGCCCCUGGCCCUGCCCCGAGCGCUGUCCCAGCCCCAGGAGGAUCCCCAAAAAGCCAAAACUCCCACGCCAGAGCCCUUCGACGUGGAGACCAGGAAGGUGGUGCAGAUGCAGUGCAACAUGGAGCUGAACGAGGACAAGAGCCAGUGGCACCUCACGCUGCUGCUCAUCCUGGAGGACAAACUGCACCGACAGCUCAGCUACGACCUGCUGCCCACUGACAACUCCAAGGAUUUGGCCACGGAGCUGGUGCACUAUGGAUUCAUCCACGAGGACGACUGUGAGAAGCUGGCCACGUUCCUGGAGAGCGCCUUCCACAAGCACCGCUGCCAGGCACUGUGAGGGGCGCCGGGAUCCCGAAAACAGGCAGGGGGGGAUCCCAAAACUGCCUGGGUGGGAUCCCAAAAACUGCCUGAAUGGAAUGGGGGAUCCCAAAAACUGCCUGAAUGGAAUGUGGGAUCCCAAAAACGGGCAGGGUGGGAUCCCAAAAACUGCCUAAAUGGAAUGUGGGAUCCCGAAAACGGGCAGGGUGGGAUCCCAAAACUGCCUGGGUGGGAUCCCAAAACUGCCUAAAUGGAAUGUGGGAUCCCAAAACUGCCUGGGUGGAAUGGGGGAUCCCAAAAACGGGCAGGGUGGGAUCCCAAAAACUGCCUGGGUAGAAUAGGGGAUCCCAAAAACUGCCUGAAUGGAAUGGCGGAUCCCAAAAACUGCCUGAAUGGAAUGUGGGAUCCCGAAAACGGACAGGGUGGAGGAUCCUAAAACUGCCUGGGUGGGGGAUCCCAAAAAUGGCCAGGAUGGGGAUCCCAAAACUGCCUGAAUGGGGGAUCCCAAAAACUGCCUGGAUGGGAUCCCAAAAACUGCCUGGAUGGGAUUCCGAAACUGCCUUGGAUGGAGGAUCCUAAAACUGCCUAGAUGGGGGAUCCCAAAAACUGCCUGAAUGUGGAUCCCAAAAACUGCCAGGGUGCGAUCCCAAAAACUGCCUGGAUGGAAUGGGGGAUCCCAAAAACUGCCAGGGUGGAUGGGGGAUCCCAAAUGGAGAAUCCCAAAACCUGCCAGGAUGGAGGAUCCCAAAUGGAGGAUCCUGAGCCACCCAGGGGCAGCAGGACUCACCUGGCCCUGUGCCCACGGGGACUUGCCCAAUCCAGGUUCUGGGAAGGAAACAGAAAUGCAAACAGCAGGAAUUGCAAAUAAACAAACAGCAGGAAUUACAAAUAAACAGCAGGAAUUGGAAACAAACAGCAGGAAUUACAAAUAAACAGCAGGAAUUGGAAACAAACAGCAGGAAUUGGAAAUAAACAAACCCCAAGAAUUGGAAACAAACAGCAAAAAUGGGAAACAACAGCAGGAAUUGGAAAUAAACAAACCCCAGGAACUGGAAACAAACAGCAGGAAUUGGAAACAAACACAGGAAUUGGAAACAAACACAGGAAUUACAAACAAACAGCAGGAAUUGCAAAUAAAAAAACCCCAGGAAUUGGAAACAAACAACAGGAAUUGGAAACAAACACAGGAAUUACAAACAAAUAGCAGGAACUGCAAAUAAACAGCAGGAAUUGGAAACAGACACCAGGAAUUGCAAAUAAAUAAACCCCAGGAAUUGGAAACAAACAGCAAAAAUGGGAAACAAACACAGGAAUUGCAAACAAACAGCAGGAAUUACAAAUAAACAGCAGGAAUUGGAAACAAGCAGCAGGAAUUGCAAACACAGGAAUUGCACACAAACCCCAGGAAUUGCAAAUAAACCCCAGGAAUGGCAAACAAACACCAGGAAUUGCAAACAAACACAGGAAUUGCAAACAAACACAGGAAUUGCACAUAAACACAGGAAUGGCAAAUAAACAGCAGGAAUUACAAACACACAGCAGGAAUUACAAAUAAACAAGCAGCAGGAAUUGCAAACACAGGAAUUGCACAUAAACACAGGAAUGGCAAAUAAACAGCAGGAAUUACAAACACACAGCAGGAAUUACAAAUAAACAAGCAGCAGGAAUUGCAAACACAGGAAUUGCACACAAACCCCAGGAAUGGCAAACAAACAGCAGGAAUUACAAACAAACAGCAGGAAUUACAAAUAAACAAGCACAGGAAUUGCAUCCCAGGACUCUGGGAACUGUGCUCUGCUCAAGCACCUCUGCUUGUGGAGGAGCUGCAGGAUCCCAUGGGAUGUUUCCCUCUGGGAAUGAUCAAAGCUCCCAAAGCUGUUUGGUUUUUUUUUUUCCCCUCUUUGCCCUCUGGGCUGGUCCUUGCUGAGGGGGAGGAGGCUGGUGCAGCUUCCCCUCUGCCCCAUUCUGCUCUGAACCCCGAGUUUCUGUGCUGCCUGUGCUCAGAACCCUCACCCUGAGUGGGACUGUGUGAGCUGGAUGUGAAAUGACUCGAGAAGGAAUCACAGAAAUCCUGACCCACCACCUGCAGAGCCCCUGUCAUCCCCCAGCUCCUCCUGCAGCCUUCCAAAAUCUUCCAAAAACAGCCCUGGGGCUCUUCCCCCCUCUCUGACUGCAGUCAGUCCCUGGCUGGGAUGGCAGGAUCAGCAGCAGGGCUGUGCUCUGUGCCUGGCACAGCUGGGGAGGGGAGCAGACAGGAGCUGGCAGGGGCUGUGUGGGGCUGCUGCUCUGUGCUGAUCCAAAAUCCAAAAUCCUGCUCUGUGAAAUCCUGCUGUGCUCUGAAAUCCUGCUCUGUGCUCUGUGCAGGAGAGCUGAUCCAAAAUCCAAAAUCCUGCUCUGUGCUUGAAAUCCUGCUGUGCUCUGAAAUCCUGCUCUGUGCUCUGUGCAGGAGAGCUGAUCCAAAAUCCUGCUCUGUGCUUGAAAUCCUGCUCUGCUCUGUGCAGGGAGAGCUGAUCCAAAAUCCUGCUCUGCUCUGUGAAAUCCAGCUCUGUGCUUGAAAUCCUGCUCUGCUCUGUGCAGGGAGAGAUGAUUCAAAAUCCUGCUCUGUGCUGUGCCAGGAGAGCUGAUCCAAAAUCCUGCUCUGCUCUGUGAAAUCCUGCUCUGUGCUCUGUGCAGGAGAGCUGAUCCAAAAUCCUGCUCUGUGCUUGAAAUCCUGCUCUGUGCUGUGCCAGGAGAGCUGAUCCAAAAUCCUGCUCUGCUCUGUGAAAUCCUGCUCUGUGCUCUGAAAUCCUGCUCUGCUCUGUGCCAGGGUGAACUGAUCCAAAAUCCUGUUCUGUGAAAUCCUGUUCUGUGCUGAGCCACAGGAAACUGGCUCUGAAAUCCUCCUCUGUGCUGUGUCAGACAAAACUGCUCUGAAACCCUGCUCUGUGCCAGUGCUGCUCCUGCUGUGCCAGGCAAAAGUCUGUGCUCUGAAAUCCUGCUCUGUGUUGUGCCAAGGAAAACUGAUCUGAAAUCCUGCUCUGCUCUGUGAAAUCCUGUUCUGUGCUGUGCCACUGCUGCUCCUGCUGCUCCUGCUGUGCCAGGGAGAGCUGAUCUGAAAUCCUGCUCUGUGCUUGAAAUCCUGCUUUGUGGUCUAAAAUCCUGCUCUGCUCUGUGCCAGGAGAGCUGAUCCAAAAUCCUGCUCUGUGCUUGAAAUCCUGCUCUGCUCUGUGCCAGUGCUGCUCCUGCUGUGCCAGGCAAAACUGAUCUGGCAUCCUGCUCUGCUCUGUGCCAUAGGAAACUGGCACUGAAGUCCUGCUCUGUGCUGGUGCUGCUCCUGCUCUGCCAGGGAAAACUGUCCCUGGCAUCCUGUUGGUGCUCUGUGCUGUGCAGGGAGAGUUGAUCUGAAAUCCUGCUCUGUGCUUGAAAUCCUGCUCCUGCUGUGCCAGGAAAAACUGGCUCUGAAAUCCUGCUCUGUGCUUGGAAUCCUGCUUUGUGCUUGAAAUCCUGCUCUGUGCUUGAAAUCCUGCCCCUACUGUGGCACAGGCAUCUGUCUGAAGCACCCUGGCCUGUGCUGCCCUGUGCCAGGGUUUGUGCCAGCUCUCCUCCUGCUGCUCCUGCUCUGCCAGAGGAAUCUGCCCCUGGCACCCUGCUCUGUGCUGGUGCUGCUCCUGCUGUGCCAGGGAAAACUGAUCUGAAAUCCUGCUCUGCUCUGUGCCACUGCUGCUCCUGCUGUGCCAGGGAAAACUGAUCUGAAAUCCUGCUCUGGCUGUGCCAGGGGGAUCUGCCCCUGGCAUCCUGCUGCUGUUCUGUGCCAGUGCUGCUCCUGCUGCUCAGACUGUGCUGAGGAAACCCUCCUCUGUGCUGAGCCAGGGGAAACUGGCUCUGAAAUCCUGCUCUGUGCUCUGCCAGGGGAAUCCAGCUCUGAAAUCCUGCUCUGUGCUCUGUGCCACUGCUGCUCCUGCUGUGCUGGGGGUACCUGGCUCUGGUGCUGUCCUGGUGAUCUGCACCAUGCCAGUGUUCCAUGCUGCUGUGCUGUGCUGCUGCUGCUCCUGCUGUGCCAGGGAACACUGAUCUGAAAUGCUGCUCUGUGCUUGAAAUCCUGCUCUGGCUGUGCCAGGGAAAUCUGCCCCUAAUAUCCUGCUCUGCUCUGUGCUGGUGCUGCUCCUGCUCUGCCAGAAGAAUCCAGCUCUGGCAUCCUGCUCUGUGCUCUGUGCUGGUGCUGCUCAGACUGUGCUGAGGAAAUCCUGCUCUGUGCUGUGCCAGGCAAAACUGAUCUGAAAUCCUGCUCUGUGCUGGUGCUGCUCCUGCUGUGCCAGGGAAAUCUGCCCCUGGCAUCCUGCUGGUGCUCUGUGCUGCUGCUGCUGCUCAGACUGUGCUCUGGUGCUGUCCUGGUGACCUGCACCACGCUGCUGUUCUGUGCCAGUGCUGCUCCUGCUGUGCAGGGAAAUCCAGCUCUGGCAUCCUGCUGCUGUUCUGUGCUGCUGUUCUAUGCCAGUGCUGCUCCUGCUGUGCCAGGGAAAACUGAUUCUGAAAUCCUGCUCUGUGCUCCCCUGUGCUGGUGCUGCUCCUUCUGUGCCAGGGAAAUCCGUCCCUGGCAUCCUGGUCUGGCUGUGCCAGGGGAAACUGGCUCUGGCAUCCUGCUCUGUGCUGAGCCAUUGCUGUUCUUGCUGCUCCCACUGUGCCAGGGAAAACUGAUUCUGAAAUCCUGCUCUGUGCUCCCCUGUGCUGGUGCUGCUCCUGCUGUGCCAGGGAAAUCUGUCCCUGGCAUCCUGGUCUGGCUGUGCCAGGGAAAACUGGCUCUGGCAUCCUAUUCUAUGCUCUGUGCUGGUGCUGCUCCUGCUGUGCCAGAGGAAUCCAGCUCUGGGACCUUGCUCUGUGCUCCUGCUGUGCAGGGAAAUCUGUCCCUGGCAUCCUGCUCUGUGCUGACCCAGGGAAAACUGAUCUGAAAUCCUGCUCUGUGCCCUGUGCUGGUGCUGCUCCUGCUGCUCAGACUGUGCUGAGGAAAUCCUGCUCUGGUUCUGCUGUCCUGUGCCACUGCUCUGUGCCAGUGCUGCUCCUGCUGUGCCAGGGAAAUCCAGCUCUGGCAUCCUGCUCUGUGCUGGUGCUGCUCCUGCUGUGCCAGAGGAAUCCAGCUCUGAAAUCCUGCUCUGUGCUGAUGCUGCUCCUUCUGUACCAGGAAAAUCUGCCCCUGGCAUCCUGCUCUGUGCCAGGCAGAACUGAUCUGAAAUCCUGCUCUGCUCUGUGCUGUGCUGGUGCUGCUCUGGCUUUGCCAGGGAAAUCUGCCUCUGGCAUCCUGCUGCUGUGCUGUGCCAUAGGAAAUUGGCUCUGAAAUCCUGCUCUGUGCUGUGCCAGUGCUGCAUCCCCAGCUGUGCUGCAUUCCCAUCCUGUGCUGCAGUUCUGGGUGUUCUGCAUCCCCAGCUGUGCUGCAUUCCCAUCCUGUGCUGCAUCCCCAGCUGUGCUGCAUCCCCAGCUGUGCUGCAUUCCCAUCCUGUGCUGCAGUUCUGGUUUCUGGGUGUUCUGCAUCCCCAGCUGUGCUGCAUCCCCAGCUGUGCUGCAUCCCCAGCUGUGCUCCAUUCCCAUCCUGUGCAGCAUUUCUGGCUGUGCUGCAUUCCCAGCUGUGCUGCAUUCCCAUCCUGUGCUGCAGUUCUGGCUGUGCUGCAUUCCCAUCCUGUGCUGCAGUUCUGGCUGUGCUGCAUUCCCAUCCUGUGCUGCAGUUCUGGUUUCUGGCUGUGCUGAAUCCCAGCUGUGCCAAUGUUCCACCCUGAAAACCACCAAACCAAUAAAGCAGCCAGUCCAGCCCCA